AUGAAGCAGCAAAUUCGAGAAUACGAUUGCGGGGAUGAGGAUGCAGUACGACAAUUAUACUGGGAAACAGCACAGCAACAUCGGAAUCGACACAUUUUAGACGCCUUGCUACGACGACGAGGUGCACGCCGGACUUGGCAAGCAGGACUCGUGGGUCUGCUGAGCUUACACUUGGCAAACGACAGUGGGCGCGCCUUACUCAUGUUGGAACUGGCGCUUUGGAGCGCAGGUGUCGGUGUGGGGUGGUAUAUGUGGAUACGCAACGAGUGGCAGCGCCAAGUCGCAAAACAUAGUGCGUGGAUGGCCGAGCGGUUACAGGAAAUAAAGCAGAGUCAUGCAAAGAAUAAUGCGUGGGAGGAACACAAAAAGAAAAAUGAGUUGGUGGGAGCUGUGGCACUGGAAUACCAGCAGGAGGAGCACGAAGGCAGGAUACGAAAUUUGACAGGUGUCGAGUCGAAAAUUGAACUAGCAUUGGUUCGAACAGUGAUCGAAUUCGCCCGGCGUCAAGACAUCAAGGUGAUUGCUAAAAGCGGUGAUGAUACAAAUGCUUUGCACAACCUUCAAAUCCCUCCUCACGAACCUAUCCAUCACCUCUUCUCACCAACCACCUUGGCCAAUGAUCUCUCCUACCUCACAUCGUUAACUCGUCUUACACUACUCGAUCUUUCACACAAUCGACUGGAAACACUUCCUUCGUCCAUUCGCCAACUGAAGCACCUACGUCAACUCAAUCUCGCCCACAAUCGACUUGCCGAGAUCCCUAAUGUCAUUCCGAGUUUGAAAAAACUUACUUAUCUCGACUUGUCGUACAACAUGUUUAGCGACGUCCCACUCAGCUUGUCGAUGUUGAAGCAUCUGUCAUAUCUAGACUUGUCGUAUUCACGUAUCGAUGCUGUGCCAGCUGAGCUGUUACGACUGUCUAUUGCUACCAUCAAGACCGAAGGAUGUCCUCAACUACAAGAAAAGGUGGAGGAAUUCACUCAUUCCUUGGCUCACAAUCCACCGAGUUUGGCGGAAAUUUGUGCUCGGCAGCUCGCACCAGCAGCAGCAGCAGCACUACCGCGUGGGAAACAUAAAAAACAAAAGAAAAAGGCAACACAACAGGAGCCGCAACGGGAUUUGCCUGACCAUUUGCAAAAUUAUCUCGGCCAAUCGAAAGCAUGCUUUUACUGUGGUGAAUCCUACUUUGACAACCCGGUAAUACGGUAUCGUAUUGUGCAACAGCACGAUGGCAGCUGCAUACCUGUACGAUACAAUCUAUGCUCGGCCCAUUGGAGUGACGAUCAGGAUAGGCUUCUGGCACUCUUUUCGCGAAAUUCGUCAUAA